AUGAGGAAAGCUCGGUCGGAGGGGAAGGAAGCGUAUCUCAGCGUUGAUAAGCUGUAUAUUGAUAAGCGGUUGUACAGAGGAAUUUGGCUGAAAUUUGAUAAGAAUUUUUUCCAUACUGAUGAAGAUUUAUAUUUAGCAGUUGCGUAUUUUCCACCAGAAAAUUCGCCAUUUCAUGACAUUUACGAUAAUGAUAUUUUUCAGCAAUUAGAAAAUGAUAUAGUUUAUUUCAUGGACAAAGGUAAAGUAUUCCUUACUGGUGACUUGAACAGUAGAAUAGGUCAGAAAACAGACUAUAUUGAACAUGAUUAUGAUUUACAAGGCGAUGGAAAUCAGCCCAUCGAUACACCGUUACCCAGGUGUUCACGUGACUUUAAAUCAAAUAGGUUCGGAGAUUACCUUUUAGAUCUGUGUAAAGCUACAAAUUUACGGAUCGUUAACGGCAGAUUGCACGAGGACAAAACAGUGGGAAAGAUCACGUGUAUGACCCAUAACGGGGAAAGUGUAGUAGAUUAUAUGUUAACGUCCGUUUCUAACUUUGAUUAUAUAGACUUUUUUGCAGUAAAAGAAUUCAAUGAGUUCUCAAAUCAUGCUCCACUGUCCUUUUCAUUGAAAAUAGAAACGCAUCCCCAGAGUAAAAUGAAUUAUAAACGAACCUUUUAUAAGUGGAACCCAGAGUAUGGUGAAGCAUUCGUAAAUGAUAUAAGAACUGAUAUAGAGAAUUUGGAACGUUCAGUACACGAAGGCAUAGAGAACGGCAGUGAUGUUGAAAGUCUUGUCACGCUAAUUACGCAAUAUAUCACAAAUAAAGGUGAUAAAUACUUCAAACAAAAUGUUACUGUUAAAACAGUAGAAUUCGCAUCUGUAGACAAAAACAGGCAAAAAUGGUAUAAUGACGAAUACAAGAAGAAAGAUUAUAAAUAUUGCUGUAGAAAAUAUAAAAAGGAAUUUAAUAGGCAAUUAAGUAAGAAAAUGAAUGAUAUGCGUCGAAACAGUCCCAGAAAUUUCUGGAAAAUGUUCAAGAAAAAGACUAGUAGUCAACCCGCGGAUAAUAUUGAAUUAAGUGAGUUCUUCCAGCAUUUCCAAAAUUUAGCGCAAAAGGAUGAUGUGACAGAAAACGAAGAAUGUAUGGAAUUCCUUAGGCAAUUUGAUAGUAACGGCAUAAACGAGAGUACAUUUUCCGAACUUGACUCACAGAUCACGAAAGAGGAAAUUUUAAAAGCAGUGAAAUCACUGUCUACAAAUAAAGCAUCUUCAUUUGAUAAUAUCAUAUAUGAAUAUUUUAAAUCAAGUAUAGAAGUAAUCGGUGAACCGAUUCGGCUUUUAUUCAAUUAUAUUUUACAGCAAGGGAAAUUUCCGCCUAGCUGGUCGAAAGGAGUUGUUAUACCAUUAUACAAAAAAGGUGACUCCAGUGAUCCAAACAAUUAUAGAGAUUAUAAGAAGGCUUAUGAUUUAAUAGACAGGAACUGUCUAUGGAAACGGGCUUCAAGCCCUCUUGCUGCUGUUAUUCACAACUUUUAUGCAGGCUUUAGGAUGCAUUUCACGAUAUCGAUAUAUUGUUGUAUUAAAAAGCAGAGUAUAGACAGUACGUGGAAGUGGCAGUUGUUCCCUUGGAUGUUUUGA